CUGAAACUUCCAAGCACUUACCCAAAAACAGAAUUGAGUCCUUUUGUCUCUGCCCGCUCUUCUCUACACAUCAUUAUCAUCCUCCUCCCCCGAAAAAUGGCAGACUCCCAACGCCCCAAAGUAGGCGUAGGCGUCAUCAUCCACGACGCAGCGGGAAACAUAGUCAUGGGCGAGCGCGCCGGCUCAGCACACGGCAGAGGCACCUUCCAAUGUCCUGGAGGCCAUCUCGAGCACGGGGAAACUUUUGCUGAAACGGCGGUGCGCGAGGUGCGGGAAGAGACGGGGCUGGAAGUAGGUCAUGUGCGGUUUUUGACGGCUACGAAUGAUGUGUUUGAGGAGGAAGAGGGGUUGAGGAAGCAUUAUGUUACUGUUUUUGUUACGUGUAGUAUUGUUGGGGAGGACAAGGUAUCAAAGUCAAUGGAGCCGCACAAAUGCGCCGCCUGGGAAUGGGUCCCAUGGAGCCAGAUGUGGGCAUGGGCCAAAGCACAGGCAGAAGCCGAAGCACCGCCACCACCACCCAAAGACAAACUCGAAGACGACAAAGCUCAACCCGAAGCUCAACCCAAAAUCGAGCCUAAACCGCUCGAGAAGAAAAUGUUCCUGCCGCUGGUCAACCUCUAUAGGGAGUACCCUGAGUUGGAGCAUUGCCUUUUAUGGCGCGCUUCGGCGCAUGACGAGCGGAAAGGGAGCGAGGCGAUUAGUGGAUGGUCGUCUCGCCAUUGGUAGUGUAGCUGAGCUUUAUUGAACGAGAGUGUUUCUAGGUAAGCAGGUGGGAAAUCUGUUCGUUCGUUAUCGGUGUUGGAGGUAGUGUGUUUGGGUGCAGAGUUGGAUGUGAGCAGGCACUAACGAAAGAGCUGAUGCAGAUGUUGGAUAUGCCUAGUUGGAAAACGUUGAUGGUGAGUUGAUAAGGGGUCAGGGAGGGAUUCACUGCGAGAUAGCUGAACU